AUGUUGGGACACAUGAGUACUUGGCUCUUGAGAUUGUUUCAGAUCACACUAACUCAUCCAAAAUGUGGAUGGCAGGAGAAGGACAUGGGAGCGCGGUGGACACUGGGGAUAUUCAUGUUCGAGCUGUUCUACGGUACGACGCCUUUCAAAGGGAUGGACCACGAGUUAACCCUUGCUAACAUUGUCGCUAGAACACUCGAAUUUUCAAAAGAGCCUACCAUUCCAAGUGCAGCCAAGGAUCUGAUCUCUCUGCUACUGGCUAAGGACCCGAUCCGACGAUUGGGAUCGUCUCUUGGUGCAUCAGCUGUGAAACGCCACCCGUUUUUCCAAGGAGUUAAUUGGGCUUUUCUCAUGUGUACUCGUCCUCCUUUUCGUCCUCCGCCUUUCCGCAAAGAACUUUUGUCUGAUGAAAUUUGUCCUGAAACCCAUGUCAACUAUUAUUAA